AAUUGACUACGCAACCUAUUAAACAAUCUAUCGAAAAACCCAUCACUAAAUACAAACAGAAUAUCGAACAACCUAUCACUAAAUAUGAACAGAACAUCGAACAACCUAUUAUUAAAUGCAAACAGAAUGUAGAACAACCCAUCAUUAAAUACAACCAGAAUAUUGAACAACCUAUCACUCAAUACAAACAGAAUAUCGAACAACCUAUCACUAAGUACAAACAGAACAUAGAAAAAAUAGUAUGCGAUUAUACACCUAAAUCAGUUAAUAAUAAAUUCAAAAUAAAUAAAAAAAUAAGUUGUAAGCUAGAUAUCCUUGAACAGAAACCAAAAGCAGCCAAUAUUGAAAAAUAUAAUAUACAAACCUGUAUAUCUGAUAUAGAAAUGUCUGAUAUAAAAUUUCCUUAG